CUGUGUCGUCAGAGCUCCAGGGAGGGACCUGGGUAGACAGAGAAGCCGGAAACAGCAGGCUGGGGCAGCCACUGCUUACACUGAGGAGGAAGGACGAGGGGGAGAGGAGUGUGUGUGUGUGUGUGUGUGUGUGUAUGUGUGUGUUUUCUUUUUGGUAGUGGUGGUGGUGGAGGGCGGGUGCUAGCAAGGCCAGCCCUGAACUCGCUGGACAGAGCUACAGACCCAUGGCCUUGCAGUGCCUGCCGAGAGAGGGAGAAGACAGCAGAGAGGUUGCCAAGAUGCCCUCCAAACCCCAGAUCAUGUCUCUAUGGGGGUUGGUUUCCCAGCUCCCCCCAGAAAAACUGCAGCGGCUCUACGUCGACUUUCCCCAACACCUGCGGCAUCUCCUGGGUGACUGGCUGGAGAAACAGCCCUGGGAGUUCCUGGUCAGCUCAGAUGCCUUCUGCUGCAACAUGGCCAGCACCCUACUUUCUGCCACUGUCCAGCAUCUUCAGACCUCAGCCAGAAAGCAGGGGGAGGGGAGCGCCAUCUUGCAGCACAUCAGCACCCUGGAGAGCAUAUAUCAGAGGGACCCCCUGAAGCUGGUGGCCAUUUUCAGACAAAUACUUCAAGGGGAGAAAAAAGCUGUCAUGGAGCAGUUCCGCCACCUGCCAAUGUCCUUCCACUGGAAGCAGGAGGAACUCAAGUUUAGCACAGCCCUGCAGAGGCUGCGUCACCGAGUGGGGGAAACCUGCCUUCUCCGAGAAGCCCUGAAGCAGGAGGCUGAGGCUGGCCAAGUGUCUCUGCACAGCUUGAUAGAAACUCCUGCCAAUGGGACUGGGCCAAGUGAGGCCCUGGCCACGGUGCUGCAGGAGACUGUUGGGGAGCUGGAGGCUGCCCAGGCCCUGGUGCUGAAGAGGAUCCAGAUUUGGAAACGGCAGCAGCAGCUGGCAGGGAAUGGCGCACCCUUUGACGAGAACCUGACCCAACUACAGGAGAGGUGUGAGAGUCUGGUGGACAUUUAUUCCCAGCUGCAGCAGGAGGUGGGGGCAGCUGGUGGGGAGCUUGAGCCCAAGACCCGGGCAGCGCUGAUUAACCGGCUGGAUGAAGUCCUGCGAACCCUCGUCACCAGCUCCUUCCUCGUGGAGAAGCAGCCCCCUCAGGUUUUGAAAACUCAAACCAAGUUUCAGGCUGGAGUUCGAUUCAUGCUGGGUCUACGGUUCCUGGGGGCCUCUGCCAAGUUCCCGCUGGUCAGGGCCGACAUGGUGACUGAGAAGCAGGCGAGGGAGCUGAGCAGCCCCCAGGGGCCUGGGGCUGGCGUAGAAAGCUCUGGGGAGAUCACCAACAACACCGUGCCCUUCGAGAACAUUGGUUCUGGGAACUGCUGCUCUGCCCUGUUCAAGAACCUGCUUCUGAAAAAAAUCAAGCGGUGUGAGCGGAAGGGCACCGAAUCGGUCACUGAGGAGAAGUGCGCUGUGCUUUUUACUACCAGCUUCAUACUUGGCCCCAACAAACUUCCCAUCCAGCUCCAGGCUCUCUCUCUGCCCCUGGUGGUCAUCGUCCACGGCAACCAAGACAACAAUGCCAAAGCCACCAUCUUGUGGGACAAUGCCUUCUCGGAGAUGGACCGUGUGCCCUUUGUGGUGGCUGAGCGGGUGCCAUGGGAGAAGAUGUGUGAAACUCUGAACCUCAAGUUCAUGGCAGAGGUGGGAACCAACCAGGGGCUACUCCCAGAGCACUUCCUCUUCUUGGCCCAGAAGAUCUUCAAUGACAACAGCCUCAGCAUAGAGACCUUCCAGCAUCGUUCUGUGUCCUGGUCACAGUUCAACAAGGAGAUCCUGCUGGGUCGUGGCUUCACCUUUUGGCAGUGGUUCGAUGGUGUCCUGGACCUCACCAAACGCUGUCUCAAGAGCUACUGGUCAGAUCGGCUGAUCAUUGGCUUCAUCAGCAAACAGUAUGUCACCAGCCUUCUUCUCAAUGAGCCUGAUGGAACGUUCCUUCUUCGCUUCAGUGACUCAGAGAUUGGAGGCAUCACCAUUGCCCACGUCAUCCGGGGCCAGGAUGGUUCCCCACAGAUAGAAAACAUCCAGCCAUUCUCUGCCAAAGACCUGUCUAUCCGCUCCCUGGGGGACCGGAUCCGGGACCUCGCUCAGCUCAAAAACCUCUACCCCAAGAAACCCAAGGAUGAGGCUUUCCGGAGCCACUAUAAGCACGAACAGAUAGGCAAGGAUGGCAGGGGUUACGUCCCAGCUACCAUCAAGAUGACUGUGGAAAGGGACCAGCCACUUCCCAUUCCAGAGGCCCAUAUGUCUACUAUGCUGCCCACUUAUGAUCUUAGAAUGGCUCCUGACCCCAUGAACAUGCAGCUCAGCCCAGAUAUGGGGCCCCAGGGAUACCCACCACACUCGCACUCUAUCCCUUCCUAUCAAGUCCUCUCCCAGGAAGAAUCAGUCAAUGUGUUGCCAGCCUUCCCGGAACCUCACCUGCAGAUGUCCCCCAGCCUGGACCAGAUGAGCCUGCCCUUUGACCAGUCUCACCCUCACAGGGGCCUGCUGCUGUGCCAGCCUCAGGAGCAUGCCAUGUCCAGCCCUGAGCCCCUGCUCUGCUCUGAUGUGACCAUGGCAGAAGAGAACUGCCUGAGCCAGCCGGUGGGGGGGUUCUCUCAGCGCACCUGGGUUGGUGAAGACAUGUUCCCGCCCUUGCUGCCGCCCACUGAACAGGACCUCACCAAGCUUCUCCUGGAGGGGCAAGGGGAAUCGGCAGGAGGGCCCUUGGGAGCCCAGCCUCUCCUGCAGCCCAAUCCCUAUGGGCAGUCUGGGAUCUCAAUGUCCCAUAUGGACCUAAGGGCCAACCCCAGUUGGUGAUCCCAGCUGGAGGGGGAGCUCAGAGAGACAGCUUUUCUACCCUGGUGGACCUGCUCUGGACACCUGCCCAUGCUCCUGCUAAGCAACAGAUGGAGAGCGUGUCCCCCCAGCCCCACCUACUCCCUGGUGAGGAGGAAGACUUUGCCAGGAGAAGGCACCGCCGGUGGAGCCUAUCCACUCCUUCCUUCCUACCACACACUCACCCCCGUCCUCUCCCUUGCUGUGCUGGGAGAGAAAUUCAGGUUCCAAAGUGAGACACGCCCCUGCAUGCCUGCACACGCAGAACACACAGCUCUCCCUGAGAUGGGGCUGAGCAAGAGCACAGGUUAGGGCAUGGAGAGCUCCUUCUCUCACUCCCAGCCAGGACCCAGGAUGCACAUGUAGAAAAAAAGCAGACAUGUGCACACACUUGCACUAGAGGCUGGGAUGUAAGAGGGGAGGGGCUGGGUCCCAGCCCUGGGGGCAUGAGGAAGCCGUUCAGGAGACCCUGGGUGGGAGGACAAGAGGGGCCUGUACGUUUGGCUACUGAUGGGUGGGUUUUGCCCAGAUUUAAAAAACAAAUCCCAGACAACUCCAGAUUCCUGACAGUCAGAUGGGGGCUUUCAGUUGUGUAUGAAAUGGUGCAGAAGUACACGGCCGAGUAUCUUGGUGUCUAGCUGUGUUAAGGUGUGUGUACUUGAGACACAUUAACAUAUAGAUGUCACACACAUUAGUCGUAUAGCCACAUAGGACAUUAUCUGAUUCUACCUGUGAAAACACCAUUUUUGAAGUGUGAGACACUGCACAAAAGACACUGGUGAGUGUGCGAGCUUCUGAUACAUGCUAAUAGCCCAGAUACACUCAGCUUUGAGGAUGACUGUGCUCAGGUAGGUCUAUGUUGGCUGUGACAUCGCCUAUGGCUUAGCUUCCGUGGCUCACUGCUAGUCCCGCCCAAGGCAGGGGUGAGUCUGGGGCCGGCCCAGGUGUGGUCCUCUCCAUGUAUUAGGGACCCUCCCCGCUGCUUCUUUUUUACUUCCCCAGCCACCGCCAGUUUUCCUCCACUCCCAUACUACCCUUCUCCCCCUUGGGGGCCAUAGAUCAUAAGCCAUAAAAUAAAUUUUAUUCCAAAAUAACAAAA